AUGGAGGAUCUUUGGGCCGAUGGCCCCCGACAGGCAUGGAGAGCGUUUCGAAAAAAACUUGGUCUACCCGCUUCAUCGGAUGUGAAAAUUCUCAGCGAAUUAGUGAAGAAGCUUCUUGCUCUAGUCCCGUCGUCAUCACUUCCAUAUGUUGUAAUAAGUUAUCCAAGUCUUAUAGCGCUUUACAGAGAAGACAUCUUUGACACAGCAGAAUAUCUAAGUCUUCGCAAGCUAGAAGGAUACUACUAUUAUCAUCCACGUGAAAUUAUUGCGGCUUAUGCUGGACAUGGGAUGGGAUUAUGCAGAAACAUGCAGAAUGAAGAACAAUCCAAGAAUGAAGGUUGUCAAUUACCGGCUCAUGGCACCCUUCUAAUUGAAUAUACUGAACAGGCGCUCUUACUUCAGACAGAGAUUCUACGUGAAGCAAUAGAUCUAGGGGAUAAUGAUAUUCAUGCAGCGGCUUCAUUUGAACUAGGCAGCCGCUCCUCCCAGAUGGAUAAACAUGCUUACCAUGUGGCAGAGUUCGUGGAUCAAUUCUUGAGAAAGUGGUACCCCGACUUUCUCAUCCCAGGGGAGAUUCUGGUUAUUAUCACAGGGAAUAUAGACGACACUAUACAAGAGGCUAUUCUGGAGGUGGUUAAAGGGCUAGUGGAAAAGGUAGAGCUGAUUACCUCUCAAUCGGAAGCUGCCACUCGACGUGUGCAGCUCACUGUCACCACGUCUCCCUCAAAGCGCCGAAAGGUUGUUGACCAGCCUCGCCCACACUCUGCGGAUUCCGGGGAGAGACCUCAGUCCCGUCACAGCCUCAACCUCAACCUCGCCCACAAAUACAACCACAACCACAACCACAACCGUCUGAACAGUAAUCCUCCCUCAUCUCUUCCUGCUCCUGCCGCGCCGCAUCCUGACUACUCCCCCUCUUCGGCCUCGCCAUCGCCGUCACCGCGCUACAUCCCUGCCCACCUGCAAGACGAAGUUCUCGGAGCUGGUGCUGCAGCCCGCUCCCCGACCCCAGAGCCCUCCGCCAACGCAGACUCGCCGUCUGCUGCUUGCGCUGGGCUCACGCUGAACAGCGACCUGGCGACCGACAUGUCCAGCUCAGAAAAGGCGUCCAAGCACGACCAACGAGACGUCCGCUCGUCCUCGCCCGCUAUCAAGCGCCGCAUGUCCGAAAUGAACCGCAACGAACCCGCCGCAGAAGACGUGGAGAUGGAUACCGCAGGGGCUGACCAGCAGCAGCAGCCGAAUGAAGCCGACUCGCGCCCGACACAACGCCGGGCUACCUCUGUCGACAUGAUCGGGGGCGAUGGCGAUGCUGAAAUGGCCAAUAUUGGCGAAGCGAGCUCAAAUACCAGUGCCGAUCCCGUCUAUCCAACUCCCUCGAGCAUGGCAACAUACACCAACUCUGCAUCGACGAAAGAAGCGAUCGCAUCACACGAGUCGUCUCUGGCAGCUGAGAUCCCUCCCAUCGACGAGCAGAUUGCCCCUCGGAGCACGCAGGAACCCAACGGCAAGCCGGUUGAUAAGAAAUUUGGAGAGGGCGAAAUCGGACCGGUCGAUAAUUCUGACCUCGUUUUGGAUGUCGAUCCUACAAAUACAUUCGAAGAUGAAGCAGGGGAACCGUUUGUGCCGCUCCGCCCUGGCCUGCAGAUGGGCGAAGACUUUGAAAUCCUCCCUCCGACGGCAUGGAAUUUGAUUAUGAAAUGGUACGGGCUCGCCGACCAGUCUCCGGCCAUCGUUCGCUAUGCACACGACACUAGCGGGGGAGAUGCCGCGAAUAUUCAAUAUGAGAUUUCUCCACCAAUCUACACUGUACAUAAACUACCGAGCUCUGCUAGCGGAAUGUCCCAUCAUACGCUGAGGGACAAGAGUGCCCCACCCGUGAAGUUCCUAGCUAGCAGACAGACCAAUUUCCAGAAGUGGCUUAAGAAAGCCAAGGAACUUGCUCAUAUCGAUCUAGCUACAAAGGUCCGUGUUUGGAGGGUUUUGGACGGCCUGGGCAGCACCCAAACGUCUGGCUUCAUCACACCCGCCCAGUCUAGAAGUAACUCGCCAGCACCGGGCGCCACUCUAGUUGCUAAUGCCGGCAACAGCCUUGUCCUGGACGUCAACACCUUUGCUUCUCUAUCUGAUGCUCACCGGGAGCUCAUUGAGGAUGCCAAAGACCAGACUAAUAAUGAUAAAUACAACGGCAAAUCGACGCUGGAUACUUUGGGUCUUGGAGAUAAUGCGGUUUUGGUUCUAGAGGAGCAAAUCGGAGGUCCUGGAGGCGGCGAGUGGGUUUCUGACGCAUCAAGAGCGACUCUCAAUCGUCUCUCUUUGCCCGGGGCCAAUAAAACUGGCGCCGGUAAGAUCAAAUCAAAAGCACUCACCACCAGCGGCCGCACAACGCCUACAUCCGAACCUGUUCGAGGAAGGAAGAAGGAUGGACGACCGAAGGGCAACACUGGGUUCACCAACCUUGGAAACACCUGCUACAUGGCCUCCGCACUUCAAUGUGUCCGUAGCAUUGAGGAACUUAGCUACUACUUUCUGAAUGAUAACUAUAAAAGGGAUUUAAACCCGAGCAACCCGUUAGCUCAUAACGGCGAGGUUGCUAAAGCCUAUGCAAACUUGCUGCAUGCUGUUUACGACGAAGGACCGGCAUCAUUUUCGCCAAAGCAUUUCAAGCACACAAUAGGACGAUACGGUCCAGCGUUCUCAGGUUAUGGCCAACAAGACUCACAGGAGUUCCUUCUUUUCCUUCUUGACGGUCUACAUGAAGAUCUAAAUCGGAUUCAGAAAAAGCCAUACAUUGAAAAGCCAGACUCCACCGACGAGAUGGUGCGGAAUCCAACUGCCUUGAAAGAAUUUGCGGAUAGAUGCUGGGAUAUUUAUAAAGCUCGCAAUGACUCCGUCGUCACGGACCUGUUCGCAGGCAUGUACAAGUCAACUCUUGUGUGUCCGGCCUGUGAUAAGGUCAGCAUCAUUUUCGACCCUUUCAACAAUUUAACCCUUCAGCUUCCUGUUGAAAAUCUGUGGACAAAAGAUAUUUUCUACUUCCCUCUUCACAAGCCACCCGUUCUUCUUGAUGUUGAAAUCGAUAAGAACGCCAACAUUAAAACUCUCAAAGAGUUUGUCGCGCAGAAGACAGGAUCCGAUCCACAGAAGCUCGUCAUGGCGGAGAUCUACAAGCACAAAUUCUAUAAAUUGUUUGACAACACUAGCACGCUUGCUGACAGUAACAUCAGCCAAUCGGAUGACAUUGGUAUUUUCGAGGUUGAAACGGUUCCGACCAAUUACAAUCCAGACCGACCUAAGAAAGUGAGCUAUUACACUUCCUUCAGUAGCAUGGACCAUGAGGAUAUUCCCAAGAUGGAUUCUCCUCGAGCGGAGAAGCUUCUCGUGCCCAUUUUCAAUCGCGUGCAUAGGCCUACCAGUCGGUAUAAUACUCGACAGACAUUUGGUGCGCCUUCAUUUGUCGUUAUUACCCGAGAGGAAGCUCGCGAUUACAACACAGUUCUUAAAAAGGUUUUGCAAGAGGUUGCAACCUUGACCACUCGCGACUUUCUACAUGAACCUAGUGGCGAGGAUGAAUCGGUACAAGAUGACACUACCGAUUCGGAUGCCGUCAUUAUGGAUGCGGAUGACGCCGAUCCUGAUGCAAAAGUCAAAGCUGCUUCUGUGCAGAGUGAAGAAGGUCUAGUGGACGUCUCCAUGGAAGAUGCUUCAGAUGUGAAACCGUCAGCAGAAGCCAAACCAAGCAGCAACGACAAAACUCUUCCGCCGCGCUUCCGAAGUCUCUUCCAGAUGAAAUAUGUCAGGUCCAAGAAUGAAGUGAUUCCGCUUGGCUUCUCAUCUGUUGAUGAUGCCACUAACUAUCCCUUAAUAUCAUCGCGGAUACCAAAACCAAAGCCGAAACCCCAGGUCCGGAAGCCCGAGAAGAAGAAUGCGUUCAAGAACAGCCCAGAUAGCCCGAUCAGUAGCGAUGAUGAGAUCGACGCAAUCCAAUAUUCGUCAACCAUGCGACCCUCCCGCACUAGCACAGGCUCUACGGAAUCUACUCGUCUCCCUAAUACUGCUGACAGUGAAUCCGAUGAUGAACUCCAAACAGUCUCCACCAGGCCCAAAGAGACAAAGGAAGAAGCUAUUGUUCCUGAAGUACCCGAAGUCGCAUACAUCCGCCCUGGUGAGGGUAUUGUUCUGGACUGGGAAGAGACGAGCUAUGAUGGAAUGUUUGGCGCCGAUCCGACCGACCAUGAUCCGCUGCGUGGGUCUCCUACGUGGACAAACGUAGAGCAUUUGCCCGAUGAAGAACUUGCGCAGAAAAGGGCUGCUCGGGCUAGCCGAAGAAAACGAGGACUGACGUUAGAUCAGUGUCUUGAUGAAUUCGGUCGCGAAGAGAUUUUGUCCGAAAAUGAUGCCUGGUAUUGCCCUCGGUGUAAGGAGCAUCGCCGCGCAAGCAAGAAAUUCGAAUUGUGGAAAACGCCGGAUAUCCUGGUCAUCCACCUGAAACGAUUCAGCUCUAGCCGUGGCCUCAGGGAUAAGAUUGACGAGCUAGUUGAUUUCCCGAUUGAAGGGCUUGACCUUACUGGCCGAAUUGCGAUGGCGGAACCUGGCGAGAGCCUUCUUUACGAUCUUUUCGCUGUUGAUAACCAUUAUGGCGGCCUUGGUGGUGGACAUUACACGGCUUAUGCGAAGAAUUUCUUCACGGACGAAUGGAAUGAAUACAACGAUUCCCAUGUGUCCAGGGCAAUCAACCCGAACAAGGCUAUCUCAACGGCAGCUUAUCUACUAUUCUACCGUCGUCGGUCAGACCGGCCCCUUGGCGGUAAAGUUCUGCAGGAAGUCACCGAGUCCUCGGUGCGAGCCGACUCGGACGACCAGGAUGACUCUCGCGCUGCAUCCCCUUCGGGGGAAGGCCGGCGUCUCGUCGACUCCUCCCGCAUUGGGUCGUCGAGCGCCUUAGCCGGAGUCGGAGCAGCUCACCAAGCGGGAGAUGGUGGUUUGCCAGUCGGGCUGCAAGUGAAGAGCGUGGAGAUUGACCCUAGUGAUGACGAAGGCUUGCCACCAUACGCAAGAUACGAAGAUAAUAUCGAUGGAAUGGAUAUCGAACGAUCGAAUCCAUUAACAAUGCAACCGACCUGGUCUUUUGACAAUGACAAUGACAACGACCAUGACCUGUUUGACGAUAACGAUAACGAUAGCAACAAAGCCGAAGCUGGGGGGGAUGUCGACAGUGACAUUGAGAAACUCGUUGACGGAGAUAAUACCUCCAGCUACAAUGUCCCAUUCAGUAAUCAGAUAAACGACGACGACGACGAACUACCUGUUCAAGAGCUAUCGGUGCCAGACGAUAGCGCCUAA